AUGAGUACAGCGCAAGAGCCGUACAAUGACGAAAAGAAGAGAGUUGAUGUCAAGGAUGAGAUAAACCAGGAUGCCUCCGUUGGGGAGUAUACUGACUUCACUCCUGAAGAGGAGCGUCGUGUCCUAUGGAAGUUGGAUUUGUUUAUGAUUCCAACGAUGGGUCUGUGCUAUAUGUUGCAAUACAUGGACAAACUUGCACUUAGCCAAGCAGUUCUUCUAAACUUGCGAAAAGAUCUUCACCUUGUUGGCAAUCAAUAUGCAUGGUGCUCUGCAGUCUUUUACUUUGGUUAUCUCGCAUGGAGCUGGCCUACUUCUUAUCUGAUCGUGCGCCUUCCUCUAGGCAAAUAUCUGGCUGCGACUGUAUUCUUGUGGGGUGGAGUUCUCAUGUGUCAUGCAGCCUGUCACAACUACGCAGGCAUGGCUACUGUUCGAUUCUUCCUUGGCGUUGGUGAAGCUGCCGUUGCUCCGGGAUUUGGUAUCAUCACAGGAAUGUUCUACAAGAGAGAAGAGCAACCCUCGCGACAAGCAGCCUGGUUUGUUGGUAACUGUGUUGCUAAUAUCAUUGGUGGUCUCGUUGCAUGGGGAAUUGGGCAUUCUCCGUCAGCUCUUCAAAGCUGGCGUGUUUUGUUCCUCGUUCUUGGAGGAAUCACUUCUGGAUACGGCAUCAUCCUCGCCUUCAUUCUUCCUGACUCUCCCGCCAAGGCAAUCUUCCUUACAGAAUCCGAACGGAGAAUCGCAGUACAGCGAACACUGAAGAACAGAACCGGGGCUGUGGAGGCGACAGAAAUAUUCCAAUGGAGUCAAGUCGCCGAUGCUGUGAAAGACCCGCAGGCCUGGUGCUUGGUGUUUUACACUUUCUGCGUCAACCUUGCUAAUGGUGGACUCACCAGCUUUUCCGCCAUCAUUAUCACAGGCUUUGGCUAUUCGCAGUUCAAGUCUUUAUUGCUCCAGAUGCCGAUUGGACUUUCCCAGCUAGUUUUCCUCAUAAUCACCGCCACCAUUUGCACAUACAUCCCAUCAUCACGCAUUAUGGCCAUGAUGUUGAACGUGACAGUCGCCGUUAUUGGUAUUGUUUUGAUCUAUACCCUCGAUGACAUCCACAAGGUCGUCAAACUCGUUGGCCUGGCCUUUGUUUCCGCAUUCGCUGCCAAUAUCCCACUCAGUCUGAGUAUUGUCACGUCCAACGUCGCUGGAUCCACAAAGCGAAGCACUAUUAGUGUUGCUAUGUUUGCCGCUUACUGCGUGGGCAAUAUCGUGGGACCUCAAUUCUUUUACGCUUCGCAGGAGCCGGUUUACUCGAGCGGUAUCGAAGCAUCCCUGUGCGGGUUGGCUCUAGGUGUGUUCUUCUUGGGGUGCUUGUGGGUUUACUACACUUGGGAGAAUAAGAGACGGGAUCGACGAACUGGAGUGGUAUCUGAGAGCCAUGAUGUUCAUGAUCUCAUGGAAGAGCAGAACAAUAAGACUGACAAGGAGAUCUCUAGCUUCCGCUACACUCGCUGA